AUGAUGCGGACUCCAAGAAGCAACAGCCGGUUGAGCAUGAGCAGUAAACAAGGGCCCGGCAGUCGCGCUUCGGACGAGGAUACCAAAACCGCCGUCAAAGUCGCUGUCCGCGUGCGACCUCCCCUGAAAGCCACCGAUCCCGGCUACGAAUUAAUCCCGCAACGUUUCCAGCGUUCCAUGGUUCAUGUGACGGCUCCAACCAGCGUCGCCGUCGACGUUCCCCAGGGGCGCAAACUCUUUGUCUUUGAUCGCGUCUUUGCAGAAACCGUGGACCAGGAGGGCAUUUGGGAUUAUCUCAGCGACAGCGUCAACUCCUUCCUGCAGGGUUACAAUGUCUCCCUGUUGGCCUACGGUCAGUCCGGCGCCGGAAAGUCCUACACCAUGGGUACUUCCGGUCCGAACGAACAAAAUAACACCGAGGCUAUGGGUGUCAUUCCACGUGCCGCCCAGUUGUUGUUUGAGAAACUAGAUGGUCCGCAGAAACACAAUCGCAACAGCUCCACCGGCCUCCGAACGCCGUCGCGGUACUCUAUGAGUUCCACCUCCAGCUUCGGAAAGGCCAAUAAUCCCGAUAAAAAUUGGCAACUCAAAGCCACUUACGUCGAGAUUUACAACGAAACACUACGAGAUCUCCUUGUUCCUGAGACCCCCGGGAAUGAACGCCCCCCCGUCACUAUCCGCGAGGAUACCAAAGGUCGCAUUAUCCUGGCUGGUCUACACCAGGUCGACAUCAAUUCCUUCGACGACUUGAUUGGCGCUCUGAAUUUCGGUUCUUCCAUCCGUCAGACGGACUCGACGGCGAUUAACGCCAAAUCCUCCCGAUCGCAUGCGGUAUUCAGUUUGAAUCUUGUCCAGCGCAACAAACAGUCAAGCCCUUCCAUAGGAUCGCCGUCCCCCAAGGACAAGCGCAUGUCUGCUCCGAUCGAAUUUGGUAACUCCGAUCCCUCCGUCACCGUUGACAGCAAACUUCACUUUGUCGACUUGGCAGGAAGUGAAAGGUUGAAGAACACCGGAGCGUCGGGUGAACGUGCGCGCGAGGGUAUUUCCAUCAACGCUGGUCUGGCAGCCUUGGGCAAAGUCAUCUCCCAGUUGUCGUCGCGGCAGUCGGGCUCCCACGUGUCGUACCGCGAUUCAAAACUCACCCGACUGCUGCAGGAUUCCCUGGGCGGCAAUGCAUACACCUACAUGAUCGCAUGUGUUACACCCGCAGAAUUCCACCUCAGCGAAACCCUGAACACAAUCCAAUAUGCGCAGCGCGCCCGUGCCAUUCAGAGCAAACCCCGUAUCCAACAGGUCUCCGACGAAAGUGACAAGCAGGCCGUCAUUGACCGCCUCAAGGCUGAGGUUGCCUUUUUGCGGCAGCAACUGCACAGUGCCGAGGAAAAUGACCGCCACAUGGCGCCUCCCCGGGAGCGUUCGUCGGAACGGCGCAACGAGAAAGAGAUGGACCUGCAGAACCAGCUGUUGGACGCGCAAGAAAGCUACAACGCUCUCAGCCAACGCCAUGCUAGGCUUAUUUCGGACAUGGCCCGGGAUUCCGAGCGGCCAUCCACAAGCCAGGACGAUGCAUCGGACGAUGCCUCUUCGGUUGGCAAGAGCUCCGUGGAGCGACUGAAGCGGUCGCACUCUUUUGCUGAAUCGGUGGAGCAGGUGGUCUUGGAGUACGAAAAGACCAUCCAGAGCCUCGAAUCGUCGCUUUCCAACACCCGUUCGUCUCUCUCCGUCACAGAGAGUACUCUUCUGGAGCGUGAAACCAAGUGCACCUACGCCGAGACCGUCAACACACAGCUGCAGGCGCGGGUCCAAAAGUUGCUCGAUCGCGAGUCCAGCACGGAAGCAUAUCUACAUGAGCUGGAGAACAAGCUCGAUGGACAGUCGUCAGGCGAGGAGCAGCAUGCCGCCAUCGUCUCUGAGCUGCGCAAGGAGGUGAGCCGUGCCCGCGAGGGCGAGACUGGCUGCGAAGAAUACAUCUCCACUUUGGAGGAGCGACUCGCUGAAGCCGAUCAGGAUAUGGAGUUGAUGCAACGCGAGGUGGAACGUCUGGAGCAUGUUGUUGAGCGCCAGCGCAGCCUGGGCAAGCUAGAUAACCUGCUCACCGAACUCGACCACACCAAGCAGCAGAAUGGCCACCACAAGAGGCAUAGCAGCCGUGAUGACUUUGAGACCCGCGCCAUGACCAUGAAGAGCGCCCAACACAUGCGGAAGCGCGCUACCUCCUUGGAUCCCUUGAACGAAGCAACCGAGACGGCCGCUCCUGAAUCUGAUGAUGAGCAUCAUGACGACAGCUUGACCGGUUCUGGCCCCACCUUGCAGGACGAGAUGGCCAAAUCUGCCAACGGCAGUGAUGAACUUGCCACCGGUGUUGCUAUCAAGCCUGUCCAGAGUCCCACUGCCGAUGACCAGUCUCGCUUUGUCGCGGACAAACUCGACACCGUCAACCAGGAGCUGUUCGACCUGCGCAUGCAGCACGAGUCGACUGUGACUGAGUACGAGACGCUCGAAGCCAAGUACGAGGAAGCGGUCAAGGCGUUGGCGAAGGUGCAGCAGGACACCGCGGAUGAAGCUCGCCAUAGUCAUCUCGCUCCAUCUGACGCUCUCCAGGACCGUCCGUCGUCGCCCAUCACCGCUACCACCAACUCCCGUCCGGUUUCUUUUUUAGAGGAUACCCGAGCCCCCGGGACCGAGUCGAGAACUGGAACUCAACAUUCGUUCUCGCGAUCACUCUCCUCGGAAUUAUCCUUGGCCGGGGAGUCUGCUACGUCGCCGGAGGCAUCGAAUGCUUCUGAAAUCACCAAGAAGGAGCCUGGGGAGGAUGAGGUGGAAGAGAUGCGCCGGCUACUGUUGGAGCACCAGGAGGGUGUCAGUCUCAUGUCCCAGAAAUACGCGGAAUUGCAGACUGAGCAUGAGGGUGUGAUGAACUUGGUGGAGACCCUCAAGUCUGAGCUUCAACGGUCGCGCUCGUCGUCGCCGCCUUCCACGCCUGGAUUCAAGUCACCCGUCAUCCGCAGGAAGACCAGCCAAAGUCUUAUGUCUACUGUCGAUCGGGCGCAUCGCUCUCUGGCCGCCCUGCGUAACAUCGCCGUCGAGGCUUUCGAAUCUCACCCCGACACCUUGCAGAACUUCGACGUGCACUAUGACUCUGCGAUGCACGAGUUGCACACUCGCAUGGAUCGCAUUCAGUCCUUGGAAUCGGAGAACCAGAGCGUGAAGAAGGAGAUGGAGAUGAAGUCCACCAUCAUCUCUGGUCUGACCCGGGAACGGUCCAGUCUGCAGGGUGGAGCGUCGUCGAUCGAUAUGGGUCUGGUGACGCAACUCCGCGACCAGGUCGUGCAGCAGGAGAACCUGAUGGGCGACCUCAAGGCCGGGCAUGACGCUCGUGAGCUGCAACUCCACAGCGAGAUUGCGCAACUCAGGGGCCUUCUCAAGACCCAGGAGGAAGCCGCUCGCGCCCAGGAUGCUGGUGCGGAUGAGCAUGACAGGCGCCUUGGUGUUUUGGAGCGCGAACUGACCGAGUGGAAGGGCAAGCACCAGAAUGCCCUGGACUCGCUGCAAGGCUCCGAGCAGAAGCUGGGCUCGACCCUUACUGAGUUGGAGACCGCCUUGGCGUCUGUGGAUGCGCUGCGCGCGGAACGGGGAGGCGACGCUGCUCGUGAGACCUCCAAUGAAAAGGAGGCUACUGCCCGCGAUCUCGACAACGGCCGGAUCCAGCAGCAGGGCUUGGUCAACAGCUUGACGAAUACCAUCGAAGAACACAAGGCCACGAUUGCCACUCAACUCACGACGAUCGCAUCUUUGGAGAAGUCGCAUUCGUCGGCUCAAGACCAACUCAACCAGCAUGUAGCUACCAAGGACGGCAAUGACGACGAGGUUUUCACCCACCAGUCUCGUGUUAUUGACUUGGGACGGGAGAUCGAGACGCAUCAGUCGACGAUGACCGGUCACCAGCAGGAGCUGUCGUCGCUGCAAGAAUCCCACAAGCGCGAGCUGAGCGAAUUGGAGGAACGGACCAAGGCAGUUGCGCAUGCUGAAUACGAGUCGCAACUCGCCGCUAAGAAUGCCGAGCACGACGACGCCAUGAAGGCGCUGCGCACCGAGAUGGCCGAGUCGCGGGACGAACUGGCCAAGCUGCUCAAGAUGGUUUCCGACCUCCUCAAGUCCGACGUCACCAAGGACAACCUGUCAGAGCAAAUCCAAGAGGUGUUGGCCCAGAAGCAGCACUUCUCCGACAAGUACGCCGAGCUCAUGGAUACCAACGAAGACCUGCGCAAGCGGGUUGAGAACAACGGUGGCGAUGAUGGUCGUCUGGAGGAACUCACCAAGAAGACCGCCGCCCAGGACGCCAAGGUACACGAGCUGGCUAUUCUUGUUGCUACCCUCGAGGAUACGCUCCAGCAGCGCGAUGAUCAGGUGAAGAAGAAGGAUGCGCUUGUGGAGGAGAUCACGACUGAGAAGAACAAGAGCGCGCGUCUUGUUGAGGAGCUCGAGGACCAGAUCACCAACAGCUUUGAUCAGCACAACAACCGUCUUUCGGUCAUCCAGCAGGAACGUGAUCAGGCGCUGGUGGAUGCUAAGACCAAGAUUUCUGUGUAUGAGAACGAUAUUGAGACUUACAAGGUUCGGAUUGAGCAGCUUGAGUUGCAACUCAAGAACGGCAGCGGAACCGAUGCGUCGCACGAUCGCAGCAGUUCUGUCAAUUCCAACCUCCGCAAGAGCUCUUCCGCAACUUCUCUUCCGUCUCCUCCUCCCGCCAUUCCUCUGCCGCCCCUCCCAACCAUCGCCUCGCAAACCAAUGGCAACACCGGCAGCAUUUCUCCCCCCAGCUCUCGCCACACCAGCAAGGAACUGGUAAACUCGCAAAUCGUCGAAGACCAAGAGGCGCGCAUCAAGACCAUCGAAAAGCACCUCUACGCCGAGAAGCAGCUCACAGCAACCCUGGAAGAAGCUCUCGGCGACCUCGAGGCGCAAAGCAACAAGGUCAAGUCGGACUGCGAAGCAUGGAAGAAGAAGGCGUUCCAGGUGGAAGACGAGCUCUCUACGCUUCGCAAGGAGCGCAGCUCGCAGCGCAUGUCAUUGCAAGCUGUUGAGGAGGAGAGAAGCGCACGGCGUGAGGCUGAGGCUGCUCGUGCUCAGCUCGAGGAGCGGAUGAAUGCGCUUAACAAGAAGAAGAAGAAGAGCACGCUGAACUGUUUCUAA